AGCGCGCGGAACAGAGGCGCGGGCGGCUGCGAGGCCGGCGGACGCACCGGCCCGAGGGAGCGCGCCGCCGGCCCGACUUGGCCUCGCUCCCGGAGCCGGGCGGCGGUCGCAGCGGCUCAGCCUGGCUGGAGGCGCGGGGCCCGCUCGAGCGGCGGCGGCGGCGGCGGCGGCGAUCGGAGCGGCGCGAUAGGGGCGGCGGCAGGGAGCGGGCUCCGGACCCCGGGCAUCGGGCGGGCGCCAGGGCGCGGCGCGGCGGGGAAGAUGACCGCGGGCUCCGGCGUGUUUCUAGUGCUGCUCUCGCUCUCCGGCGCGCUCCGGGCCCACAAUGGGGGUCUCACAGCCAGGGAGACCUGCAAGGCUGGAUUCUCUGAAGACGACUACACAGCAUUAAUCUCCCAAAAUAUUCUGGAAGGAGAGAAGGUCCUCAAAGUCAAGUUCAGCAGCUGCCUGGGGACCAAGGGGACGCAAUAUGAGACCAACAGCCUGGACUUCAAAGUCGAGGCCGACGGGACCGUCUUCGCCACCCGGGAGCUGCAGAUCCCCUCGGAGCAGGUGGCCUUCACUGUGACCGCGUGGGACCGCCAGACGGCCGAGCGAUGGGACGCCGUGGUGCGCCUGCUGGUGGCCCAGACCUCGUCCGCGCACUCCGGACACAAGAGAGGCAAGAAGAGUGCCGCUCCGGGCCCUGCCCAGCCUCCGAGUGACGCGCCGUUGCCGUGGCCCCAGCACCAGAGCGCCCACAGGCUGAGGCGGCAGAAGCGGGACUGGGUCAUCCCGCCCAUCAACGUGCCGGAAAACUCCCGCGGGCCCUUCCCGCAGCAGCUGGUGAGGAUCCGCUCGGACAAGGACAACGAUAUCCCCAUCCGGUACAGCGUCACGGGCGUGGGCGCCGACCAGCCCCCCAUGGAGGUCUUCAGCAUCGACUCCAUGUCCGGCCGCAUGUACGUCACGCGGCCCAUGGACCGGGAGGAGCGAGCCUCCUACCACCUCCGGGCGCACGCAGUGGACAUGAACGGCAACAAGGUGGAGAACCCCAUCGACCUGUACAUCUACGUCAUCGACAUGAACGACAACCGGCCCGAGUUCCUCAACCAGCUGUACAACGGCUCCGUGGACGAGGGCUCCAAGCCAGGCACUUACGUGAUGACGGUCACGGCCAACGACGCUGACGACGGCACCACGGCCAACGGGAUGGUGCGGUACCGGAUCGUGACCCAGACCCCGCAGAGCCCCUCCCAGAACAUGUUCACCAUCAACAGCGAGACGGGGGACAUCGUGACAGUGGCCGCCGGCCUGGACCGCGAGAAAGUCCAGCAGUACACAGUCAUCGUCCAGGCCACCGACAUGGAGGGGAACCUCAACUACGGCCUCUCGAACACGGCCACCGCCAUCAUCACGGUGACGGACGUGAACGACAACCCGCCGGAGUUCACCGCCAGCACGUACGCGGGCGAGGUGCCUGAAAACCGGGUGGAGACGGUGGUGGCGAACCUGACCGUGGUCGACCGAGACCAGCCUCACUCCCCAAACUGGAACGCCGUCUACCGCAUCAUCAGUGGGGACCCUUCGGGCCACUUCAGCAUCCGCACAGACCCCGUCACCAACGAGGGCAUGGUCACCGUAGCGAAGGCGGUCGACUACGAGCUGAACAGAGCCUUCAUGCUGACCGUGAUGGUGUCCAACCAGGCGCCCCUGGCCAGCGGCAUCCAGAUGUCGUUCCAGUCCACGGCGGGGGUGACCAUCUCAGUCGUGGACAUCAACGAGGCCCCCUACUUCCCCUCGAACCACAAGCUCAUCCGCCUGGAGGAGGGCGUGCCCUCCGGCACCGUGCUGACCACCUUCUCGGCAGUGGACCCCGACCGGUUCAUGCAGCAGGCCGUGAGAUACUCGAAGCUGUCGGACCCCGCUAACUGGCUGCGUGUUAACGCCACCAACGGCCAGAUCAGCACGGCGGCCGUCCUCGACCGAGAGUCUCUCUACAUCAAAAACAACGUCUACGAGGCCACCUUCCUGGCGGCUGACAACGGGGUGCCCCCGGCCAGCGGCACCGGCACCCUCCAGAUCUACCUCAUCGACAUCAACGACAACGCCCCCGAGCUGCUGCCCAGGGAGGCGCAGCUCUGCGAGAGGCCCGGCCUGACCGCCGUCAACAUCACCGCGGCCGACGCCGACGUGGACCCCAACGUCGGCCCCUACGUCUUCGAGCUGCCCUUCGUCCCGGCGAGCGUCCGCAAGAACUGGACCAUCUCCCGCCUGAACGGUGACUACGCCCAGCUCAGCCUGCGCAUCCUGUACCUGGAGGCCGGGAUGUACGAUGUCCCCAUCACUGUCACGGACUCGGGAAACCCGCCCCUGUCCAACACGUCUGUCAUCAAGGUCAAGGUGUGCCCGUGUGACGAGAACGGCGACUGCACCGCCAUCGGCGCGGUGGCGGCGGCGGGUCUGGGCACGGGCGCCAUCGUGGCCAUCCUCCUCUGCAUCGUCAUCCUGCUGACCAUGGUGCUGCUGUUCGUGCUGUGGAUGAAGCGGCGGGAGAAGGAGCGCCACACGAAGCAGCUGCUCAUCGACCCCGAGGACGACGUGCGUGACAACAUCCUCAAGUACGACGAGGAGGGCGGCGGCGAGGAGGACCAGGACUACGACCUCAGCCAGCUGCAGCAGCCGGAGGCCAUGGAGCACGUGCUGAGCAAGGCCCCCGGGGUGCGGCGGGUGGACGAGCGGCCCGUGGGCGCUGAGCCCCAGUACCCGGUCAGGCCUGUGGUGCCCCACCCGGGGGACAUCGGCGACUUCAUCAACGAGGGACUCCGGGCGGCAGACAACGACCCCACGGCGCCCCCCUACGACUCCCUGCUGGUCUUUGACUACGAGGGGAGCGGCUCCACGGCCGGCUCGGUCAGCUCCCUGAACUCGUCCAGCUCCGGGGACCAGGACUACGACUACCUGAACGACUGGGGGCCCAGGUUCAAGAAGCUGGCGGACAUGUACGGGGGCGGCGAGGACUAGCCCACCGCGGCCCCCCCCCGACCCCCGACCCCCCCCCACCCCCCGAGGCCGUGGCACCGCUGGGGCGUGAAGGGGCCCGCCCGCCCCCGCCCCCGCCCCCGCCCCGAGCUGUCUGCCACCAACACUCCUGGCGCCACGGCCACCGUCCAUCACAGUAGCUGACUUAGCAUGAGGCAGAGCAAGAGGCACUCUGUCUUAACUUGAAUUUCUUAGAACAGAAGCACUGUUUUAAACAAUGAAAGUGCCUUUUGGUACAUGUAUCAGAUUCCCUCAAACUCAGGAGCGACCAGAAGCGAGCAGGCCAGCGGAGACCCCACCCGUCCUGAGCGGCGGCGACGCCAGCCAGCCAGCCCCGUGCCCGGAGGCUCUCCUUACCGAAUUGGAAAGAAUGUGUCUUUUCGUCAGAGUGAGCAACCCCCUUGACAAAACCGACAGAGAAUCCCCAGCAGCCCCUGAGUCCCUGCACCUGCCACACACGUCAGGGUCCCUGGGCCCUGGGGCCCCUGAGGCAGCGAGUCUCCCGGGCCGGGCCCAUCCCCUGGAGGACCAAAGGCUAGAGAGUACCCGGGCCGUCCUGACACUCCCAGUCUCUGCCCUCGGCCUCCCCCAGGGCCACUGUGACUGGGAAGUCCAGCCAGGCUCCCACUGCCUUUGGCCCCAGAGAGUUUGGUCCCAAGUAACCAAAACAAAGCCAGCCGGCAUCCCACCAAGCCUGGCACCUGCCGCCCCCCCCCCACCAGACUCCCGAGGCCCUGCAUGCAGGCCUGGCGGACACCCACCAGCCCGGACCCUGAAGGGUCUGGACACCCCUGGCUGCCGUGGGGCUGCGCAGACAUUGGGUCCAGGAAGCCAGAAGGAGCAGAGCCAGCAGGAGGCUGGCGGGCUCGUUCCCUCGCCCUGCUCCUUGGACCAGAGCUUCUGAUGCUCGUGAACUGACGGGUGACAAGGACCUGCUCCAGGUCCCUGGAGAGCCCAGCGUUCCCGUGCGACCGUCCCACAGAUGUGUCUGGACUGCACUCCAGAAACAGUCUCCUUGCCUCCAGACCCAGGUCGCACCAGUGAGCCACUCAGGCUCUCGGAGCCAGAGGUGCCCCCUGGAUGGGCAUUCAGACCUGCGGGACCAAGAAAGGGGUUGCGUCCAAGGGCCCCCGGAGCCCCUGCUUGUCUGUCCCUGGGUGAGAAAAGCCCUGGGCAUCUCUUUCCCCAGCUGGGUCCCAGGGGCAACCACCUAGGGGAACCCACAUCCGUGAAGCUCCCCAGGGAAGGGGCCCAGGUCCUGGCCCCGGGCAGGAGGUGCAUCAGCUCCCCUUGGGGGGAACGCAUCCCAGCACCGCCAAGGACAAGGGCUUUGCCUCAGAGUCCCCCCCCCCCCCGGCUCCUGGGCUCAGGGGAGGCCUCCAGGGUGCCUGGGGAGGCGGGGGUGCACCUGCUGCCCAUGCUCUCCGUGGCGGGGGGGGCGGGGCUCUGCUCCACUGCCCAGCCCAUGGCCUGCCCCCACAGCCACGCUCAUCCUCUUUCCUAAACAGCUUUGGCCAGAAGAACUUGAGCAUACACGUGUGCGCGCGACACGCAUGGGUGUAUCCGUGUUGGACGUCAGGGUUCUUCCCCAAACCAAACUCACCACUAACUCUGGCCGUUCUCCCCGAGCAGGGCUGGGUGGACGAGCCCAGGCAGGUGGCCUGAUGAGCCAUGGUGCGCUCUGUCCUUUCGGACCCUGGCCAGGACGGCCCAGGGAGGGAGGGGAGAUGGGUAGACAGAGGGACAGUCACCUGGGUCCCACGCCGAUGUCCCACACGCAGCCUUGGGAGCCGCCUGCUGAGGGAAGGGAGCGCCAGUAUCCGAAGCCGCGCUAUGCAGACCGCUCUGGUCAGGCAGCGUCUGGGCCGUGGCCACACGGGGAUGGUUGGUGGGAGGAGGGCUGGCAUCCUCUGUUUCCCUUUGUCUCUGGAAAGUCCAUCCUCCAGUUGAAGUUCUAAGUGCGAAUACAGUCGGGAGCCCAGGCAGCUGGGGAGCCUCCUUUUCUGAAAGCCUGAGGCCUCCUUGGGUCCCCAGGGCCCAGGGCUCACCUCGGGGAUGGACGUGCCAGGCCCGGCCCAGGACUCGGCAUCCUGGACACCCAGCCCCAGCGCCCCCGCCUGGCUCCACCCAGGAGAGCCCGGGUGUAGAGCCCCAGCACACCUGCCCUGCCCCCGCCCCGCCCCAUGUUGCUGCCACGCCCCACCACACCCCCCGCAUCUUCCUAACUCACACCCGCUGAGGCUGCGGCAGCCAGCCAGGGGCAUGUCCGCAGGGGCUUCUCAUGCUGGACAUCUGUCCCUUCUCACUGCCACCCCCAGGCAUCCCCGGAGGCCAGGAAAAAACCGGGGUUCCCAGCCCUCCCAGAUGCAUCCCAGACUCCAUCCCAAGCAACGAGUCCGCAUUAGCUAAGCAAACACAGCGUCAAAUGUCUCUUACGUAGCUUGUGACCUAGAUGGAACGUGUCUAGACCAGGGGACGCGGCCGCGAGGCCCGGACUCGGCGCUGGCAACGUGCUGGGGCAGGUUCCGGCCCUUCACGAGAGGUUCGUCCUCGUGAGCAGGGGCUCUGGCAGCGAUGCCCCAGCCCGCGGCCACUGCACCUGUCCGGGCUGCCGCCCCCCACCUCCGGGCCGAGCCGGCCCCCUCCAGCCUGCGCCUCAGAACCUCCCAGAAUGUCAGGGCGCAGUGCUCGGGCCCCAGCGACGCCUCGUUUCCCCUCGCGUGAGCACCCUCGACGCGCACGGUCCUUUGCGAUGACAAAAAGGAGGGGGCGCUGCGUCUUUGUCACGGCUGAAAGGAAUGACACCAAGAAGGGGGACUCCCCCCGCAGCAUCGUGUGACCCGCUCACCGCGACGCGGCAGACUCCUGGCAGCAGGCGGGGGAGCACCUCUGUACAAUUGGAACGCGUUUGGCUUUCCUUUCUCUUUUUCCAUCCUGAUUUUUUUUUUUUUUUGCAUGUUUCUUUUUGAAAUGGACACAAUGUGUAGCAGCCCGCAUGACUGUGGUUGUUCUGGGGAAGGAUACUGGGGAUGCUGUAUUCACGCUGCAACUCUGCGCAGUUCGACUACGUUCCAACUUUUUUUGUAAUCGUCAACAGCACAACUAUUUUGUAUUGUUGUUUGUAUCAUUUUGUAUCAAAAAAAAAAAAAGGAAAAAAGGGAAGAGUGUUGAUGUUUCAGUGUUUUUAGUGCCAGGUGGUCUCGGUUCCAAACGGAGCAGCAGCUUCUGGGAGCUGCGGAGUUGCCGUGUGCCGAGCGGGCCGGGCCCUGGUGCGCGGCUCCGGAGGAGCAAAUAAAGCCCCCUUUUAAGGA